AUGGAAUCAGAAGCAAUAAAUGCUGAUGGCUUACUGCGUUCGAGAAUCGAAACACGACGACGAACACAGUCAUUCUCAGAUGAUUAUUCUGUUCAGAAGACGAAUGACGAUGCAACCGAAUGUAAAUACGCAGCACAACAAAUGGGUUAUUUUACCGAUAAUUUCGUGAGACGUUUUGUAAUUGCGAAAGAAACUAUUGGACAUCGUGACCCAGAAAUUCUACGUGGUUAUUGGGCAAGAGUUGUUGCGAUUAAAUCUAUUGUCGAUACAUUCUUAAUGCGUGUUGGUGUUUCUUGUCAAAUAAUAAAUCUUGGUGCGGGUUUUGAUACUCUUUAUUGGCGGUUGAAAAGUGAGGGGAAGCAAUUUAAAAAAUUCGUCGAUGUUGAUUUCAGUUCUGUUACUUCGAAGAAAAUUCGAAUGAUUAUGAAACCUGGCGAACCAAAUUUGUUGUCCUUCUUUUCAAAAAAACCUGAAGAAUCACAUCAUGAAGAUUUGCAUGCUGGAGAUUAUCAGCUACUUGGUGCAGAUCUGAGACAGUCAAAAGAGCUUAAGGAAAAAUUGGAAUCGGCUGGUCUAGAUUUUGAUAUCCCUACUAUUUUUAUAGCCGAAUGUGUUCUUGUAUAUAUGAGUGUCGAUAAGAGUCGGGAAUUGCUUUCUAAUAUUCCUAACUGGUUCAGAACUGCAGUAUUCAUUAAUUACGAACAAGUUUGUAUAUCUGAUUCCUUUGGUAGUAUAAUGCUUGCUAAUUUAUUACGACGAGGAAUUGUGCUUCCAGGAAUUCCUGAUUGCGAAAAUCUUGAAGCACAGUCACGACGGUGA